CCGCUCCCAUGUACUGCAGGACUCUCCAAUCAAAACCAAUCCAAGGUUAAUCCAAUUCGAUUCGUAAAUGCAGACGGUAUUUGUUUGAUUAUCCGCCCAUUUCUUUCGCUGCUCUUGUUCUCUCCGAGACGCGCGUGCGAUAUCUAGCCACCUGCGAAUAAUCCACAAUGGCCGACAGCUCGCCUGGGCAACAGGAUGACAUCAUUCCGAAACGCGUCGACAUGGACGAUGAUGAGAGGGAAAAGGAUGGCAAACCAAACGUCAGCCAAGCGCCUCCUCCACAGUUACAGUCACAGCCCCAACCCCAGCCAAAACCGGGUCUCAUCAUGGGACUCGUGACCAAGUUGGGCCUCGACGUCCCUACCCUGAUCGCCAUGUUCAAAGGCGCACUUGCUCCCGUCGUCGGAUUGGCCAUAUACCAGUCCGACGCUGUGGCUCAGGAAUUCUCAACUUUUGGAUACCUGGUAGCCGUCAUCGCCGUGCUCUCGCUCAGUGCGCUUCCUCGCGGAAAGUUUGUACAGACGUUGAUUCUGAAUCUGCUAUUCCUGGGCAUUGGAUCUGCUGUCGCGCUCCUAAUCCUGUGGUCGUCCUUGCAAGCGCGCCUCCACACGGAGACCGUACCGGCAGCUUACAACUCGAGCCAAUCGGCCGUGUCUGCCGUGUGGCUGUUCGCCAAUAUAUGGAUUGUGAAUACGCUUCGUGCAAAGUACCCAAAUCUGAACAUACCGAGCAUUGUCUACUCGAUUAUGACAAAUAUUCUGUGCACUUUCAGCCCACAGAUCACUAGCAAUGCCGCCUUCGAGGCUAUCGUCCGACGAUUGUUGACUGCAAUGCUAACCGGCUUUGCUAUCGCAACCGCUAUUUGUUUAUUAGUGCUUCCAGUCCCAAGCCGUGCCGUCUCAACCGCCCAGAUCGGCGGUCUCCUCAAGCUCCUCCAGGGGGCUGUGAAGCAAGAGAAGGCGUAUCUGCAGAGCCUGGAAAGAGAGGACAUGUUUGCUGUUCCGGCUGAUAUCUGCGCCGCGACGCAUCUGAGUGCCGAUUCUGAAAGCACUUCGGACAGCUCAAAAAUCGACAAGGAAGCAAAGAGCAAGAAAAAGCAAAAGAAGCACAAGGCGCAGCCUGAGUCCAAGUCAACUGCCGAGGGAAAGGCUAUUAAAGAAACUAUGUUCAAAUUGAGGCUCCUGACGAGUAAGAUUCACGCAGAUAUGCCAUUUGCUAAAAGAGACAUAGCGUGGGCCAAAUUACCGCCUAAGGACUUAAGUACAAUCUUGGAACUCUGUCGAGGUGUCGUGAUCCCGAUUCACGGCAUUGGUACUGUGAUUGAUAUCUUCCAGCGGCUGGCCGAGAAACGUGGGUGGAUUACCGACUCCGAGACGCCCCUAGACGUUCUUGCUGAGAAGAUGGAAGACAAAAGGGUUUGGAACGAAGUCAUGAAGCAACUUCAUGAACCAUUCGAGAAGCUUUCCACUGCCAUCUCAGAGGGACUACAGCAUGCCGGAGUGCUACUGGAACUCCUUCCUCGCCCCAAGCCAUCCAAGAAUAACAAGCACAACACCGAUGGAUCCGCCAUGCAUGGUGAUUGCGAGUCAAGAGGUGACCUUAUUCAACCCGGUGAUCCGGGGUUCGAAGAAGCCCUCAAAAAGAAAAUUCAAUGCUUCCGCGAUAUUCGAACCUCAAUUCUGCAUACCUGGGCCAAAGAAAAGGGUCUCUUGACAAGUGGCUCGUCGCUUCAACGGGUCACCAGCGUAUCAUUCCCAAUGGCUGCUCGCCAUCACAGGGAUCAAGAACAACUCUACGUUCUACUAUACAUUGAGACUCUGAUGGAAGCAGCCGGCGAUGGAGUUCUACGAUUUGUCCAGUUCGCAGACUCCAAAGUAGCCGACGGCACGAUGUCAUCCAAACGACUGAUGGUCCCCAAACCGAGGGUGCUCCGGAAGUGGAUCUCGAGCGUCUUCAGCGACGAAGACAAAGGCCAGGAGAACGACGCGGACUUGUUCGAGAGGGGUAUGGCCAUCAUCUACAUGGGCGAUAGCUUUGCCCACAAGCGGGAUCCGGAGCACUUACCGCCGACGAACGCCUGGCAGCACGCAGGCAAUGCCUUGCGUGCCGUCUCGAGGUUCUUUUCGUCCGAGGAAUCGGCGUUUGGAUUCCGUUGUGCUUGUGCUACCUUGACUAUUGGAAUCGUCGCCUUUCUCGAAAAUACGCAUGUGUUCUUCCAAGAGCAAAGACUUGUAUGGGCUAUGAUUAUCAUAGCUAUCGGGAUGACACAAACUUCGGGGCAAUCAAUUUUCGGCUUCCUUUGCCGAAUUGGCGGGACUCUUGUUGCCGUCGUACUCACACUAAUCACUUGGUACAUCGUUGAUGAGAAGGUCCCGGGCAUAUUUGUGUUCAUGUAUCUGUUCCAAGCUCUGUCCCUCUAUUUCCUAAUCAAGUUCCCACAGUUGACACCCGCUGUCGUGCUCUGCAUGAUAACACAAGUUCUGAUUAUCGGAUAUGAAUUGCAAGUGGUGAAAAUUGGUAUAGCAGCGUCCGAGUCAACAGGGCAGCCAUUCUAUCCGAUAUACGAACUUGCGCCAUAUCGACUGGCGAUUGUCGCGGCUGGCUGUUUGGUCGCUUUUUUCUGGACCAUUUUCCCAUCUCCCGUGACCGAACGGACGUGGCUACGCCGCGACCUCGCGGUCACCUUGUACCUGCUCGCCAAUUACUUCAGCGUCAUUAACGGGACGCUCAAGAGCAAGCUCAAUGGCACAGGCGGCGACCGCAACGUAAAAGGCACCCCAGCCCACCAGCUCGCGAAACAUCGCACUCGCCUGUUCGGUAAGCUGAUGUUGCUCCUGCCCUCGUUGAAGCAGCACGCGGAUUUCCAGAAGUGGGAGCCCACAGUCGGCGGCAAAUUCCCGCGCGACCUGUACGAGGACAUAAUCCUCCGAGCGUCGCGCAUCAACUCGUAUCUGACGCUGCUGUCCUACACCAUUGGCGGCGGGGGCAAGGGCACAGCGGGUAUGACGCUCACGGACGCCCUGGACGCAGCGGCCCCAGACUCCAAGUCGGCCGGGGGCCACAGAUGCGACGGCGCCAACGCCCGCUCGUGGCGGGAUGCGCUAGCGGUGCUACUCGCGGACAUCUCGCCCACGCAGCACAGCAUCAUCAGCACGUUGACGCUGCUCUCGAACGCCCUGCAGUCCGGGCACUCCAUCCCGCCGCAUCUGAAAGUGCCCCGACCCUACGAACUCACGCGCCAGCUCGAGACCCUCUGCGCGACAAUGCCCAGCGCAGAAGAAGACAGCAGCAGCGGAAGCGGAAGCCAAAGUGAAAGCGACUCCUCCUCCUCCUCCUCCUCGGGCAUCAACACCAUCGCGCCAGCCGCCACGAGCCUCCUCGACGCGCGCAACAUGACGCAGGCCGGGUACGCCGAGUUCGCCGUGUUGCAAGUGUGCAGCACCCUCGUGUGCGACGAUCUCGAGGGCCUCGUCGAGAGCGUCAGCAAGCUCGUCGGCGUCGUCGACUUCAGCUACUGCGUCACCUCGAACAGCGCGAGCACGAGCACUUCGGGGGCUAGUAUCCUCGGCGGCGGCGGCGGCGGCAGCAGCAGCAAUGAUCUAGAGAAGGGCAAGAUGGAUUGAUGGAUUGAUUGAUUGAUUGAUGGCCCAGGUAGGUUUUGGGCGCCCGACAACAGCUGCUUUAAUUUCAUGUUCAUCUUCUAUAAUGACCCGGAGACCUCAAAAGUAUUACUUACGAUCGCAGCUUUUAGCAGUACGUUUGUUAGGUGUUAGCUCUUGCCAGGUCAGGUAAACUCGGGGAAAUGAGUGUGUAAUCUAUAUGUACCCAUCUUAUUUAUUUAUUUUGUUUGGGGCGGCGGCGAACUGUAUGUAACUUCUUGGUAACGACAAAAUAUCCCGGUACACAGCACUCAGAUAAGAUGAAUUUCAGAUAACACGUAGACCCCGACGAAGAGGACAACAGACAAAUCAUCAACU